AUUCACAACCUUUUCUCAAGCUUCAAACAUUAGUUCCUAGCUUCAAGAAACCAAUUAGUUGCCUGCAAUGGCAAGUGCAAGCAGACCCUCACUCCUACAAGUUCAGCCUCCCAGAUAUGGGAAUCUUAUAACUGUUCUUAGUAUAGACGGGGGAGGAAUUAGGGGAAUCAUUCCUGGAGUUCUUCUCACUUACCUUGAAUCUCAACUUCAGCAUCUAGAUGGUGAAGAUGCAAGGAUUGCAGACUACUUCGAUGUGAUUUCUGGGACCAGCACAGGUGGUCUGAUUACGGCCAUGUUAGCAGCACCCGACGAAAACAACCGGCCACUAUUCGCGGCCAAAGAUAUUGUGCCUUUCUACCUUGAUAACUGCCCUAAGAUAUUUCCACAAUCAAGAGGAUUGUGUGCCACAGUGACAGAUCUAGUUAAAGUUCUAAUAGGACCAAAGUAUGAUGGGAAGUAUCUGCACAAGCUAAUAAGAAGCAUAGUAGGGGACAAAAGAUUGAGCCAGACCUUGACAAACGUGAUUAUUCCGACUUUCGACAUCAAGACACUUCUUCCUGUCAUCUUUUCCACUUAUCAGGUGGCAAGCUAUCCAGUCAAGAACGCAAAACUUUCAGACAUUUGCAUCGGAACAUCAGCAGCCCCUACUUACUUUCCUGCCCACUAUUUUGAGAACCAUCAACAAGGGGAAACCAAUAAGUUUAACCUCAUCGAUGGUGGUGUGGCCGCCAAUAAUCCGGCUUUGGUUGCCAUUACUGAAGUGACAAAACAAAUCAUGAGAAAGAAUCCAGAUUUCUCAGAGGUUCAGCCCUUGGAACUAUACGAACGAUUUCUACUGAUCACGUUGGGGACGGGUUCAAACAAGAGUGAACUGAGAUACAGUGCUAAGAUGGCUUCCAAGUGGGGGAUUCUGAGCUGGUUAUACGAUGAUGGCUCUAGUCCUUUAGUGAAUUCUUAUAAUGAAGCAAGUUCGGAUAUGGUUGCUUACCACAACUGUGCGAUUUUCGAAGCCCUUCAAUCUGAAAACAACUACCUCAGGAUUGAUGAUGACACACUAACUGGAGAUCUGUCUUCAGUGGAUAAAGCUACAAAGGAGAACUUGGAAAAUCUAGUGGAAGUUGGAGAGCAGUUGCUUAAGAAACAAGUUUCACGUAUGAAUCUGGAUACAGGUCUUUAUGAACCAGUUGAAAAUGGUGGCACCAAUGAAGAAGCACUUCAAAGGUUUGCAAAGGUACUUUCAGAUGAAAAGAAAUAUAGGGAGUCGAAAUCACCAAGGCCGAAGGCAAAGUAAUAGUACUAGUGGAGUCCCUGCGAGUCUGCUGUUGGAAACUAUUGUAAAUAUACUAUACAAAAGUAAUAUGUUACCACAUAUCUUCAUCUACAGAGUUCCUACUAUUGAUAAUUACUGUACUGUACUGGUGGACCUCUUGGGUCUCUUUUGUAUGUCAGUUUCGAUUCACCUAGUUUGAUUUCUUCGUAGGUCUUUUUGGGUGGUUUGGUUUGGUUGGGGCCUUUUGUAAAUCGUAAUAAUUCAUUAAUGCUUAUGUUAAUCUAUCC